AAAUGCUUGUCUGUUUCUACUUUCGGUUUAUUAAGGAAAAUGGCAGAUGAAGAAUUAGAACUUGACUCGGAAGGGGACAGUUGUACUGGUCUUGGAGGAAGGAGUGUGAAGAAAAAUAUAGCAAUAAAACUAAAGCAGCCAUCAAGACCAAGAGGUCGUCCAAGGAAAACAUCAGCACCACCUAAACAGAAAAAAGUCCAAGUUGUGGAAGAAAAAGAAGAAUUUGGUGGAGAAGAUGACCUGAUAGAACCUCCAAUAUUUAAACAAGGACCAGGUGAACCAUUACACCAGAAUGGUCAUCUCAAGUGGAAUAGCAAAGUGAACCUGAUUGGAGAAAAAGUAGUGGAUCCAUUGAUUCACUGCUGUGAACUUUGUCAUGUCCCAAUACUUUUGUAUGGAAGGAUGAUUCCAUGCAAGCAUGUAUUCUGUCUAGAUUGUGCACGGAAGACUGAUAAAAUGUGCAGCAAAUGUGAUGAACCAGUCCAAAGAAUUGAACAGUCAGCCUUAGGGACUGUGUAUGUCUGUAGUUAUGGAGGAGCCAAACAUGGAGUAGAAGGAUGUCGUAGAACUUACCUAUCACAGCGAGACUUACAGGCUCAUGUUAACCAUCGCCAUUUGAAGGAAGCAGCAGAAAAUGCAAAAGCAUCCACACCUAAAGAAUCUGUGAAACCAUCAGUUAAGACUUCAUCUCAGCAUGAAAUGUAUUCAUCAGUUAGAAAUGAUGGAGAUGCUAGCGCUAGACCCCCUCUUCAAGGAGAGUCAUACCCACGUAGAUCCGAUGAAGUUAGAGGCCCAAGCCAGCCCCUCGUAGUACCUACACAUUUUCCUCCUCCUACGCUGCCACAAACAAUGGGAGGGAUCCACCAACCUCCUCUUAUUUCACAGCCUUUACAACAGCCACCUACACAAUCACAGAUUGAAGGUUAUCAGGCUAAUAUAGCAAUGAUGCAACAAGGACGAAGUAACCUAAUUUCUAUACCUAUACAUGAGGACUCAGACUAUAGGAGACAGAAUUACUUGAAUGCACCAAUGGGAAUGCCAGCUGUGACAUUUCAAACAUCAUUGCCACCUCCUGGCAUGCCACCACCAAUGUUUUCCCAAUCAUCUGUAAUGCAUCAAGGACCUCCUUGCUCAUUCACUGCUCCUCCAUUAAAUCUUGGGCCUUUAGCCAGAUUUUCAUCCCCUCCAACCAUAAUGACAACAUCUGGACUAAAUCUAUCUAUGUCACAGCCACCACCAAUUAUGCAUCCUGGUGGUCCACCGCCACAACAUUUAUCAAUGGCAGGAGGUUCUGCUCCUCCCCAAAGAUUUCCAUCUCCUCAUGGACAUUUUGAUGAUAGUUCUUCAAAGCCUCCGUUUGGACAACAAUCUGGGCAUGGUACAAGAGGACCAUGGCCUGGACCACCACCUAAUUCACAAGGUGCUGGACCAUUAGGUCCUCAACAACAAAGACCACAGUCUGAUUCUUACAGAUACUUUUAAGGUGUUAGUUUGUGAAGUAUGUUUGUGUAUAUUUGUUUUUUGUCUAUCUGUUAUUUAGUACGAAAAUAUUCAAUAAGUAACAAAAGAUCAGAAAAUCCAUUUAUUACUUAUUUUAAAUGAACUUAAAGUUAAGUGAAGUCUUUGAUUUGCUUUAAGUACAGUUUCAAUUAUUAAUAAAUUUACUUUACUAAAUCAAAGAAAUCUCUGUUCAACAAUAUGACUUUAAUUUUAUAUGUACUUUCUGUAUAGCAACAUGAAUAUAAUUUAACAUGUACUUUCUGUACAGCAACAUUGUUGUAAUUUUACAUGUACUAUCUGUACACAACAUGAGUGUUAAUUUACAAGUACCUUCUGUACAGAAACAUGGGUGUAAUUUUACAAGUACCUUCUGAACAGCAACAUGAGUAUAAUUUUACAUGUACUUUCUGUACAGCAACAUGAUUAUAAUUUUAUUUGUACUUUCUGUUAUUUUACAUGUACUUUCUGUACAGCAACAUUAGUGUUAUUUUACAGGUACCUUCUGUACAGCAACAUGAUUGUUAUUUUGCAAGUACUUUCUGUACAGCAACAUGAGUGUAAUUUUACAAGUACCUUCUGUUCAACAACAUGACCGUAAUUUAACAUGUACUUUCUGUACAGCUACAUGAUUAUAAUUUUACUUGUACUUUCUGUUAUUUUACAUGUACUUUCUGUACAGCAACAUGCUUGUUAUUUUGCAAAUACUUUCUGUUCACAACAUGACUGUAAUUUGAAUUGUACUUUCUGUACACAACAUGAGUGUAAUUUACAAGUACUUUCUGUACAGCAACAUGAGUGGUAUUUUACAUGUACUUUCUGUACAACAACAUGACUGUAAUUUUAAUAGUACUUUCUGUACAGCAAUAGGAGUGUAAUGUCUUUUCUGUUCAACAAUAUAAGUUUAAUUUGACAUGUCUUUUCUGUUCAACAACAUUAGUUUAAUUUGACAUGUCUUUUCUGUUCAACAAUAUAAGUUUAAUUUGACAUGUCUUUUCUGUUCAACA